CGCUUUCGGUUUCCUCGCAGACAGCGAGUCUCGUCAGCUCCAGAUCGCGACAACGAUGGCAGAGCAGGCGGAGCCCAUGGAAGUGCAGCUGUCACAGCGCGACGAUGAGGUCUGGCUCACCCUGCACUACUUGGACUCUGACUUCAGGGAGAACAUCAAGAGAGAGCUGGAAAAAAGACUUCAGACGUGGUUCAAUGGCCAGCCAGACAAGAAAAGCUGCCGCGUGAAGCGUGUGCUUGAGGACAAGACCGCCAUCGUCACGGUGACUCCUGCUCCAGAUGCAAGCGAUUUCGACAAACUGGUGGGAAAAUGUCUGGAGAAGGACAAGAAAGGCAUCAGGGUGGAGGCCUACAGUUUCACCCCUCCAGGUGUGGACGCACCAGUCCCCACCGCUCGGAAGAAAACCACGGCGAAACAGCCUCCCAGGGAGCAGCAGGAACACCCACCUGAAGCCUGUGUCCUUCCCUUCGGCCUCUUUGAAUACAUGGCUCGUGCACACAAGCGGGACCUGAGCAGAAUAGCCUCCAUGAACAGCGUGCAGAUCAUCACCGAGGUCAAGGUCACUUUUCAAGCUGCAGGCCCGGAUGGAAACCCGACUCAGGCUUACUCUGAGUUCACCGACCUCACUCAGGCCUGCUUAGGCGACUACAGAAGUGAAGCGGCCAACAGCAGGUCUGCAGAGCAGACAGACCUUCUGCAGAUUCCCCAGAGGCACCACAAGUUCGACCUGCCUCUCUGCUCUGACCAAGCAAAGGUCACUGGUGCGAGUCCAGCGUGGGACCCGCUCAUGAAUGUCCAGCCGCAGGCUCGAGGGGAGGAACCAAGGCGGCAGUCGGGGCGGAACAUCAAGGAUCCGCUGGUGGAUGCAGGGCUGGACAUGCAGAAGACGAUCUGGAGGCAGAUGAGCGUCCAGAGGGAAGUAGACCAUCUGAAGUCUACGUUUGGGGUGGAGAUGAAAGAGUCCGCCGUCAACCAGGGAAUGAUCAACGUCAAGGUUUUUAACCGAGGACCUGGUGGCUGCGUGUCAUCGCUGAGUCAUGCCGUUCGAGCUCUUCUGCGUCUGUACCAGAAGAGGGCGACAACGUGCUCUCAGCUCUCUAAUGGGUUGGUGUCAGGCGCCACAGGUGUGUCGAACCCCUCACAUGAGAGGGCGCCACCUGGUGGUGCAGGGGGGAACGACGACCCGGAGGACAAGUGUCCCAUCUGCCUGGACUCCUUCACCCAAAAAACCAAGCUCAAGUGCAAACACGAGUUCUGUAAAACGUGCCUGGACAUGUCCAUCGCAACCAUGGGAAGUUCUUGUCCCAUGUGCAAAGAUGUGUUUGGUCAGGUGGUGGGAGACCAGCCAGACGGGACCAUGACUUCUGAAGUCAAACGUACGAUGAAGAUACCUGGCUAUGAAGGUUUUGGAGCCAUAGUCAUCACCUAUGACAUUCCAAGGGGAAUACAAACGGUCAAGCAUCCCCACCCGGGUCAGUACUAUGAUGGAGUCACCAGACAAGCCUUCCUGCCUAACACUCCAGAAGGCAGGGAGGUGCUAUACCUUCUGAAGAGAGCGUUUGACCAGAAGCUCAUUUUCACCGUUGGAGUGUCCAGAACCACUGGGAAGGACAACCAAGUGACCUGGAACGACAUCCACCACAAGACCAGUGUCACAGGAGGACCACUGAGUUUUGGGUAUCCGGAUCCAGACUACCUGAAAAGAGUCCAGGAAGAGCUGAAGGCCAAAGGCAUCCAGUGAUGGUGACCCGGGUUUCUGUCUUUAAUGGUUGACUUUCCUUUCUUUCUAAACUUGAGCUGUCCUUGUGAUCAGAACAAACAGCAUGAUGGUCUGUACAAUUUUUUAAAAUUUUAUUUAUAACAAUAUUUUGUUAUUUAGUCUCUAAAGUACUCCAGCAAAAACAAAAUUAAACAUGAUUCUCUUUCCAGGAGAAAGUCUGAGCCUCCAUGCAUGGUGUGUACUAUAAAAGCAGUGUCACUUUAUUAAAAUAAAAAAAAAAUCAGAGAAAUGCAUGAAUGAUUUUGUAAAACGUUCUUCCGGGAGAAUGAUUGUACUUUUCUCAAUUAAAAAAAAAAAAAAAAAAAUUGUAAAAAAAGUAACACUUGCCGACAGGAGAAGCAACACAAAAACGUGCUAUUAUAUUCAGGAUUGGCGUCGUUUUUUUUCUUUUCUUUUAACAUG